AUGCGGUACAAGGCUGUGAGUUGCAUGUCCCGGUCAUAUCGCCCUACAAUACCUGUUACUUACAUUGCACAGGUUUUGGGCUUCUCUAGUACAAGUGAUGAAAUUGACGUUGACUCAGACGUGUCAGGAUUAGAGGAGUGUGUGGAAUGGAUGAAGGCACAUGGUGCUUGCCUCACCUCAGAUAACAAUGGAGAGAUGCAGCUUGAUACAAAGGCUUCAUCUUCCAGUCUAUACAUGCCGGAACCUGAAGAUGCUGUGGCCCAUGGAGAUGCUAAUCUGGCUGUUAAUGAUUUUCUGACACGGACAUCUUUAUAG